AUGGCCGUCAAGCGCGUCGUGGCCGUCCUGGCACUUGCCACCAGCCUCCUCGCCACGUCGGUACUUGGUGAAGAGCAAGCAAAGUGUGGCCAAGCGAGCUACUACCCAUCCGAGUACGCCUGCUACGACAAUAAGACACUCUGCCCGAUUACGUUCAGCUUGCCGACCAAGCCCUGCGGUGGGGGCUGCUACUCGCCAGAGCAGUACUCAUGUGAAGACGAAACGAUCAAGGAUCUGCCUGAAGCGACGAGCCCCUUCACCCUUACGUUUUCAGGCGUGCGCAAGACUUUCCAGAACCUGAACGUCAAGGCCUGCGGGAGAUACCUUGCUGUGGGCGCCAACGCUAGAGAGUGCCAUGCUUGCACUGCGGCCGGUGGCACAAACUGCGGGACCUACCAGAACUCGACGGUGCUGCUUCCUGGUGGGGAAAUGGCUUCCGACGUUCCCGGCCACCAGUACUGGUACAUCAACCCAACCGACGGUAUCCUACGAUAUACCGAAGCUCUCGCUGGUAACGCUUCGCUCUGGAACGCCACCAUCCCUGGGAAGGAGUUCGCCGGUCAAAACGUCAAGGUCUACGAAAACGGACUGUUCACAUGGACCCGAGAGGAUGCCACGACACACUGGUGGAUGGCUUGCUUGGUUACGCUGCCUGGUGGUGCUGUUGGAACUGCCAGGUCGUGGCGCAUCUAUGCUCCCACUUACGUCAACAUGGAGAGAGGAGACUGCGAGCUUGGGAGGAUUUUCUCCAAGGCGGUGGAUAGGAAGGCGGGGGUGUACAAGUACCCAUGA